AUGCUAAUGACCAAUGGAAUUAUCGUUCUCAAAAUCACAGAGGUGGAUGUAGCUGAUUCUGGUCUGUACUUCUGUGGAAUGUUGGAUAACUAUUUCAUCUUCACCAACGCGACUGUCCUGAAGGUCCAAGACCCAAGUUGUGAAGCGUUGACAACUUUAAAGAUGAUCACACUGUGUCUGAUAUUUCCACUUCUCGUAGAGAUGGCUGGGACUGAGUCCUCACCCAUCAGUCAGGAGAAUGGUCUCAUUUCAGCCAACGUUGGAGACGCAGUGGUUUUGGUCUGCUUCAACAAAGUCGACACAGGAGUAAUGUUCUCUUGGUACAAGCAAACAUUUAGAAAUGUCCCUCAGCUCAUCUCAACCAUCUAUAAGUAUAACAGUAAUGCAACAUUUUACCAUGAGUUUAAGGAUAACCCUCGCUUCUCAGUGGAAGGUGGCCAAGGAAAAAAUCACUUAAUGAUCGAAGACGUGGAACUCUCUGAUUCAGGCACAUACUACUGUGGAAGUUCUUAUGGAAACAAUUUGCAGUUUGGACAAGGAGUCAUUCUCAUCAUAAAAGGUUCAGGGUCCAGAAAUCUGCCUGUACUCCAGCAGCCUGUGUCUGAGUCAGUCCAGCCCGGAGACUCUAUGACUCUGAACUGCACAAUACACACUGAGACCUGUGCAGGAGAACACAGUGUCUAUUGGUUCAGACAUGGCACAGGAGAAUCCCAUCCAGGAAUCAUUUAUACCCUUGGGGACAAGGGUGAUCAGUGUGAGAAGAGCCCUGAGGCUGGGUCUCCUACACAGAGCUGUGUCUACAACCUCCCCAAGAGGAACCUCAGCAUCUCUGAUGCUGGGACUUACUACUGUGCCUCAUGUGGGGAGAUACUGUUUGGAAACGGGACCAAGCUGGACAUCGAAGCAGGGACCCAUUCUCAGCAGAGCCAGUAUGGGAAUCCUCAUGCCAACACGUCAGACCAACAGCUCCACGGUGACGAUGAUGGCCUGAACUAUGCUGCCCUGAAGUUCACUGACAAGAGUACCAAGCCCAGGAGACAGAGGAGGGAACAGAGAGAACAGAGAGAGGAAGAAACCAUCUACUCUGGUGACCCGUCUCUCAGACAAGAGGUCCAGCCAGACUCGUCUUUGGAUACAGGGGCCCAGGAUGCUGACAGUCUCCAUUAUGUAGCUCUGAAUCUGAUCAACAAGAAGAACUGGUCUACAAGACAGAGAAGCAACAUGGAGGAAGAGAUGGUGUACUCUGGGAUCAGACAGUAA